AUGGACACUUUGAACGCUUUGCUGGACGGUCAGAGGCGCACCAUUCAGAUUUUGGACUACCAGCUCGUCGUUCUCCGCAUGACGUCCACCGUCAGCGCCGAAUACUUGUUUGGCAUCAAUGAGCCCGUUUCGAGGGUCAACGGCAUGGGCGAUGAAAAGAUUGAAGCGCUUCGCAAAGGCUUGAAGUCGGAGGAGCUUUUUGCAAUGGGAACAUGGUCGGAGCGACAGCAGUGUAUCAUCACCUUGGUGGAUGAGUCGAUCGCAACGUGGACCAACACUGAGGAAACCAUCCAAUGGGCUCGAUCAUUGAUGAGCGACGAUGAGGUGGUGGAGCUGUAUAUUGUUUUAGGGUUCUAUUCUAUGAUUGCUCGCAUGACAAGGGGUCUGAGGGUUCAGAAGGACGCUCCCAUCGCGGGUCUGGGCCAGGCUAUUGUGCAGAACAUAACCAAGAAUGCAGCAGAUAGCCGCGAGGAUGGAAAGCUAGAAUCCGCAGCUUUAAACUAA